AUGGAGUUUAGGGAAAGGUCCUAUUCGAGGGGAACAGACGACAAACACUCUAGACCUACAACACGCAUGAACGAUGAAACUUGGGAUAAGUUCAAGACCCUGCUCUGUGGUCUGUACAGGAACUAUCCUUUGAGUAUUGUCAUGAAUUUUAUGGAGAAAGAAUAUGGCAUCAGUCAAAGCAAGCGACAAUAUGGUUACCGUUUCGAAAAGUGGGGAGUGAGGAAGUAUAAUGCGGGCGAUAGGAAGGCUCCUCUCAUUUCUCUAUCACCUACCAGCAUUCACGGGGGAACAAACUUUACUGAUAUCGGGGCUGAUUUCGAUCAGGAACCUCACUCCUUCAGUCCACACCCCUUGCUCGAUCUCCCUGACAUGGACGCCAUAAUGACUACCCCUGGUUCGGAUAACAUGGACUAUGAGGCAGCAGAACUUCUCAUACAGUACCCGUGGACGACCGGAUCAGCUGAAGAAGCAAACAAGCUUGCUGCAGACUUUUUAGCCGCUAUGCUUGACGAUAAGAAUGCCUUCGCCUUGUACUCAAGACUCCAUAGCAACUUAUGGAGCAACAGUCAGUCUUCUCUCAAAACCAGGGAAUUCAUUGCUAUCUCUUGUGCCCGAGUUGCUGGUAAACCAGAUAAUGCUCGCAGCGCCAGGGAACUUCUUGAACGGGAGUGGCCCCAGACAUCGGAGGCGGGAAGAUCAGAGUCCCAAUUUGUAUUGUCUAUGCUCAAAGCAUAUGUAGGCAGCCACCAGGAAGACUCUGAUGAAUCAACUUUCAUCAAUCAAGUCAACCACAAUGUCAGGCAAGUCAUCAGUGAUGACGGAUCUCUGCUGAGAAUUCCACACAAAUACUCAGCCAUCGAUCUUGUAACAUUUUUCUUCCUGAAUUAUGGCUUUGAGAUCUAUGAUAAUGGCUUUGAAAAGUCUAACCCUCCAAACGUCAUGACAGAGCACCUCUUGAAUGAAUUCAUCAAGAGACAACCUUUCAUGGAGACCCUUCGUCACGAUGAUCCAUCUCCUCUACGUCGCUGCGUUGAGUGGUGUGAGGAGCAGCUCGGGCUCAACCAUCCCGUGGCUCUACGAGACACUCUAGUACAGCCCAGUCCCGAUAUGCGUUGCUGGUGGCACAAUAUUCGAAUAUUCUGCACACUUUGGGGAGUCAUGACACAGUUGGUCCGGGCGAAUCGCGCCCCUGACUGGUACAUACAAUGCGAGUCAGCUUUUGGUAUCCCUCCAUCGGAACUUCUUGUAACCCUGUCCUGGAUGAUUCGUGCUGAGACAACUACUGUCGGCGAAAUCAAUUCGGAUGCUGACUUACUCGAGCAUGCUGCUGAUGGCGCUAACAAUCUCCUGGAGCUUGAUGAUUCCAAGCUCUGGAUAACUUUCCUCGACAAAUUCACGUGGAUGAAUGAACUAGUCAGUCCAGGAGAGGACGAAAAGUCCUUCGAGACUCUCGUCCAAGACCAACUGCGCAAGUAUGUCUCCGAGGUGCUUAGAAUUCAGCUGCCAUAUCAAGCAGGCGACCAACUCACGAGUGUCCCAGGCGCGGACUUCUGUGGUCUCACACAAACGGCUGGGUGGUUUUGA